AUUAUACAUGACGAUCAUUAUGUGGUUCAAUACGGAUUGAAGUGGACAAGUAGUAUAGCCACCGGUAAUAUCUUUCACCCUGAAAUCGAAAACAAAAGUGUGAUCCGCAACAGAACAGGUCACUCAGGUCCAAAUUUGUGACUAAAAAUGGCCAGCGGGGAGGAUAAUUCUGAGUUGAAGAAUAUGACAGCACAAGAAAUUGAUGAAAUAAAACUGCAUCCGGAAAGGGCGAAUAAAAGACUGAAGGAUACUAAUUUGAGGCAGGACAAAUCGAUCCAAGAUCUAAAGGAUGAAAAUUUGAGGCGACAUCACGAAUUCAACAUGUUUGCGAAAAAGAAUGGAAGACUUGAAAAGGAGAUAGACGAUCAAAAUGCAGAUGCAAAAGAAAAUUUCCUUAAAACAGAAAUUAAACAGCUGGAAGAAGAAUGUACCUGCUUGAGGGAAAAAGAAAAUUCGCUUAAAAAAGAAAUUGAACAGCUGGAGAAAGAAUGUACCGACUUAAGAAAAUGCAAUCAUGAGAGGAGUUAUGCUCUUGACCAGAAACGAAAUGAGUUAGAUAAAAAAGGAAAGAAACUUCAAUCACUGCAGAAAACAAUCACAUUAAAAAAUGAAUGCUUAAGAAAGUAUAAUCACACACUAAGGGAUUUGAAAAAAGAACUCAAGCAGCAAUUGAAAAGACAUUACGAAGAAGAGAACAAAAUAGCAGCGUUGAAGGAUGAAAAGAAAAAGCAAGUAACAGUUUAUUAUAGAUAACUUAUAGUUAACCUUGUGUUAUGAUCGCGA